GAGGUAGAUUAUAGCCUCGCUCAACUUGAUUCUUUACAUUAACACAUCCUACCACUUUUCUGUGCCUGGCUCGUUGCAGGAAAUGCCUCCCAAUCGAAGGCUCUGUGCGCCUGUCUACUUUGGCCCUGAGACAAUAAGGGACUCUGCUCUCAAAUGGCUCAAAGCACUACAGAAUAUCAAGUCAAGUCAACAAUGGGUUGAUGAUUCAACGAUAUUCUUAAAUGAGGAUGGCUCUUUCUCACAUAAAGUGAUCAAAGAAGGAUCCUUUAAAGUGCAUGCGCAGAAAGUUUCUCUAUUUCUGACAAACCUCUUUUCCCCAUCUAAAGCCUCAAAGGAAGAACAAAGACUGCAGAAUGCUCGGCGUCGACUGCUAGUGUCACUUCUUGCGCAUGCAUGGCUUUGGGGAAGGCCUAGAGUGUUAGAUGACAGAGGCAAUCCGGUCGCUUUUAAAGAAAGGGAAGUACUUGCCCCUGAGGAUAUUCUAGACUUCCUUGGUAAAGCUCGAGCUCGCAAGGCGAGUUAUACCCACAAAGACAUACAUGACUUUCUGUCUCACAUAAAAGUGGUAGCUUUACAUGAGGAUAUGUCCAAGUGGAAUAUAACGGGGGUUAUUGCAUGCCUGAGAUGGGAUCAGUCCCAUAACCUACAUAAUGGGGGGCCAUGGUGUUCUUGCCGGCUCGAGAAGAAAGGCCGCCCACCGCCGUAUGACGAAGUUUGCCCGCACAUUCAGGAGGGGGAAAGUGCAAGGAAUGAGAAAAUAAAGCACUUACAGUAGUCGCGACGUCUAGACUAGUAUAAUACCUACCUCUACUUAGUCAAUAUGAACUUCUCACGAGACUGUGGCAAACAUUGACCCGCGGAA